CGUUAUUUUUACGACAGUUCUAACUGCUGAACGACAGGCCGUGUUCUGAGGCAACGUGGAGUUGUUUAUUAUUUUGAUCUACCUUCUAAAGGUGGAUUUAGUGCAAUAACGUGCUUUUAUCUGGACCGAUUUCGAGUGUUUACCUUGUAGAAAGAAAUGGGGAAGCCAAAGAGAAAGAGUGACGUCAGUCGAGCUGAGUUGAUGAUGAUGACGAUUGCUGACGUCAUUAAACAGUUGGUUGAAGCUCAUGACGAAGGAAAAGACAUCAACCUCAACAAAGUGAAAACCAAGACCUCUGCUAAAUACGGCCUUGAAGCUCAGCCUCGCUUGGUGGACAUCAUUGCUGCUGUCCCUCCACAGUACCGCCGCGCUCUCGUGCCCAAACUGAAGGCCAAACCCAUCCGCACUGCUAGCGGGAUCGCAGUGGUGGCAGUCAUGUGCAAACCACAUCGAUGUCCACACAUCAGCUUCACUGGAAACAUUUGUGUUUACUGUCCUGGUGGGCCCGACUCAGACUUUGAAUAUUCCACACAGUCUUACACUGGUUAUGAGCCAACAUCGAUGCGAGCAAUCCGAGCACGAUACGAUCCGUACCUGCAGACCAGACAUCGUGUGGAGCAGCUGAAGCAGCUGGGUCACAGUGUGGACAAGGUGGAGUUCAUCGUGAUGGGCGGAACAUUCAUGGCGCUGUCUGAGGAGUACAGAGACUACUUCAUCAGGAACCUUCACGACGCCCUGUCUGGACACGCUUCCAACAACCUAGCAGAGGCUGUCAGGUACUCUGAGCGCAGCAACACCAAGUGUGUGGGCAUCACCAUUGAGACGCGACCUGACUACUGCCUGAAGAGACACCUGAGCGACAUGCUGGCCUACGGCUGCACCAGGCUGGAGAUCGGCGUGCAGAGUGUGUAUGAAGACGUGGCCAGAGACACCAACAGAGGCCACACGGUGCGAGCCGUCUGCGAGUCCUUCCACCUAGCAAAGGACGCCGGCUUCAAAGUGGUGGCCCACAUGAUGCCCGACUUGCCCAACGUGGGCAUCGAGAGAGACGUGGAGCAGUUUAUUGAGUUUUUUGAAAACCCAGCAUUCAGGCCCGAUGGUUUGAAGUUAUACCCAACUCUCGUGAUCCGAGGCACGGGUCUGUAUGAGCUAUGGAAGACGGGCCGCUACAAGAGCUACACACCCAGCACUCUGGUCCACCUGGUGGCCCGAAUCCUGGCGCUGGUGCCGCCCUGGACUCGCGUUUACCGCGUGCAGAGGGACAUCCCCAUGCCGUUAGUGAGCUCGGGAGUGGAGCACGGAAACCUGCGAGAACUGGCUCUAGCCAGGAUGAAGGACAUGGGCACCGAGUGUCGAGAUGUGAGAACCAGAGAAGUUGGCAUUCAGGAAAUCCACCACAAAGUUCGACCCUACCAGGUGGAGCUGGUGAGGCGGGACUAUGUGGCCAACGGUUCCUGGGAAACCUUCCUCUCCUACGAGGAUCCACAACUGGACAUCUUGAUCGGUCUGCUGCGUCUGCGCCGCUGCUCCCCGCAAUCCUUUCGAGCCGAGCUGAAAGGGGGCGUGUCCAUUGUGCGCGAGCUGCACGUCUACGGCAGCGUGGUCCCCGUGAGCAGCCGGGACCCCAGCAAGUUCCAACAUCAGGGUUUUGGAAUGAUGUUGAUGGAAGAAGCAGAGAGGAUUUCCAGAGAAGAACACGGCUCUUCCAAACUGGCCGUCAUUUCAGGCGUAGGAACCAGGAACUACUACAGGAAGAUGGGCUACCAAUUGGAAGGACCGUACAUGGUCAAGCUUCUAGACUGACCUGGACUACAAGCGUUGACUUUGAGUCUAUGCUCGACCAUCAAGUGUGGGGUAGAACAGGGAAACUACAGCCUGCAGAACAAGUCUUCAUUUUGGCCCUGGAGACAUCACCAGUGUGAUAAGGAAUCUGGCCCGCCUCCAACUUUAUUGAAAUCAUUUGACAGUAUAAUUACUACGAUUUUUCCGUCAUUUCAUUGAUAUCAUGAGCAGGUCAGGUGGAUGACCAUGAAUUGCACUUUCAGUUGUAUACAGCACAGCAUUGCCAUAUAUGACCCAAUCCAAACAACCUUUCCCAAUCAGGGCGCAAAUAAACCAACACAAAUGUCAACACACAUACCACAACCUGCUCACUGAACUUUAAGGAUGUUGUAAUAAAAAAAAUGUCCAAGCACAA